GAAAGCAUUUGUAAAAUAGUAUAAUUUUAAAUCAAUUAUCUUCUUCGACGCGCUUAAAAUAUGUCACAAACUCUGCCAUACCUAAUUGUUAAUACUUCAAAUAUUAUAAAUAUAAGCAAAAAUGCACUAGUUUUAACACAAAUUUAUUAUAGUUGGCAAGCUCGAACGUAACAACAGUGAUGGUGGUGAGAAAUACCGAUGCAAAUAGUGCCAAAAAGUUCGCUCUCGCGUUUGUAAGCCGGAUACCGGCGAAUGAAUUUGUAAACUAACACAACAUUUUUAUUUAGAAUUUGAUUGAACUUGAAAACUAUUCAACUAGGAUUGUACACACAUUUAAACAAGGCGAAGCUAAGCAUAUUCUAUAUGUGUUUGCAUAAAUUUGAAUAAGCUUUCUAUAUGCGGCUGGAGGACGGGAGGUAACGGUUCACCAUUUGACUAAAUUCCUUCCCAACAUGCUCGAAUUCGAAUCGUAUGGAAUUCGACCACAACUAUAGCUAAGUAGAGACCGACCGAUUAAUUGGCCUUGGUGUUGGCAUCGGCCUCAAAAUUCAGCAUCGGCAUCGGUAUCGGCAUCGGCCAUAUUUGGCCGAUUCUUAGCCGAUUCUUCUACUUCUUCCGGAUUACACUAAAAUACAUUUACAUUUACAUACAGGUAUAUGACAUCAACCGAACCAAAGGGUAGCAUGGACGGUUUCGAUGAGAUAACACUAGGAGUUUGCGAGAGAAAAGUUUUGCGGAAAAUUUACGGUAAACAUUGGCAACGGCGAAUACCAUAACCUAUGGAACGAUGAGCCGUUCGAACGAAUGGCAUGCUGUUGUAAACUCGGCUAUAACCGUGCAAGCUGUGUCUACGUUAGUUAAGAAAAAUAGAUGGAAUCAAUAUGAAAUCUCUACUCGAUUUGAACGACGACUGCCUCAUAGAAAUAUUCAAAUACUUCAACCUUGUGGAGGCGUUUAAAAUAAUCGAUGUGCGCAGCACGCGCCUAACGGAAAUCGCACACCAAAGAAUUGCUGCAUUCAAAGAGCUCAAUAUUGCAAUACGCGACUUUCCAAAUUUCACACCGGAGCAGCUGCAAAUAAUUGGUGAAAAUGUAUGCAGUCUUACCAUGACUUGUGGAUACUCAAUGCCAACAAAAAAUGUACUAAACAUCUUAGUACCACUUUGUGAAGGUGCUGCCGUAUAUAAGCGACUGCGCGCUUUUACGCUGAAUUAUGUGUAUUUUAAUAAAGAUUACUGUAAAUGUAUCGGCAAGGCGGCAACAAAUCUACAGAGACUAAAUUUGAACUACUGCCAAUUAACAGACGAACUUUUAACGGAAUUAUUGAAAAGAUGUGGUGAUUUAUUAGAACUAGAAAUUCUGGGCAAUUACACGUUGAACGGAGAAUUUCUGCACAACCUUCAAUUACCUGCCUUGCGAGUGUUCAAAUUGGAACUGCAUGCGGAGUGGAACUACCCAAUUGAGAGUUUUAAAAUGAAAAAUCCAAAUGUUAAAUUGAUUAUAUAAGCUGAAGAAGUCUUAGACAUGUUGCUAUAUUCAAUAUUUUUUUACUAACAAGUUAUCAUUAAAACUAUGUAAAUACGUACUGUAUAUAGAAAAUAAAUGAAAAAAUAAUAAAAGAAAAACUCAAAAUAUAUAUUAUAAACCCUUUUAUUUGUAAUAUGAAUCGCAGGCAUGUUACUGUCUACAAUUGAAUUCAGUGUAAACUAAGCAAUUUCAACGUAUACAUAGUUAUUAGUUGAUGUUGUUUGGGGUUUAUAUUUGGGCACUAUGCACACGGUUUGGUAGUGGCACGCAUUUGCGCGUGGCGAAAUUGAUUCGAAGACCAAAAGCGGUCCUGUCAUGAGCGCCAACUGGCAAUGCGUGCCAAUGCUUAGACUGAAUUAUUACAAUGUUUGCGUAGCAAUUAAAAUACAAUAGUUAAAAAAUGUAGAUUUUAAAUGUUUUUUGGAAAUGUUGUGUUGUUGGUGUUGGCUGAACAGCUGGGUUUUGUUAGCUAUUUGAUGACAAUGAUUGACUUGAUGACCGACCGCAUGUUUACAAAAUGUCGCAUUAAUUUUUGCUGCUUUUACUGCACUUUUUCUGGCUGUAGAACUCCCUAAUGAGGGUCU